CACACUUCAGAGUCCCCUGGGGCCCUCUCGCAGCCUGGCAGGGACAAGUUAGGGCUGGCCCUGCUGGAGAGUCAAGUCCGGAGCCAGGAUUCGACGCCUCCCCCGAGCCCUGUCCCUACGGAGCAGACACGUCAGGCUGAACUCGGGUCUCUGGGAGCGCGGGGUUCGGCGCCUAGACCCUCUCCGGGAGAACCUCCCAGCCCCAGCCGGCUCCGGACUACCCCAGAACCCGGCGCCCAGCCCCCGGGUCCCCGCCCCCCGCCCGGCGAGUAGUUACCGAUGGUGGUGAUGACGGUGAUGGCGAAGUAGAAGGAGCCGGCGAAGCGCCACUGCACGCCGGCCUUGUGCGGCUUGAGGCGCAGCACGACGCGCUCGAGCUCCUCGUAGCCGCCCUGGCUGAGGUUGUAGCGCGCCCGCAGCUCCUGCUGCCGCAGCUCCAGCCGCUGCCGCUCGAUCAUCUCUGGCUCCGACUCGAGCGCGUCGAAGACCGCGGCGCCCACCAGCAGGAGAGUAAUCUGGGCAAGAGGAAUUUUCUUCCAUCAUAUCAGUGAAGACAUUGAGGCCCCGAGGGACCAGGUGACUGAGCGCAGAGGGGGUAAGAGGAGCAUAGGCUUUUAUUUCUUGAGCAGAUGAGAUGGCACAUAGAAAAGCAUUCCGGAAUUACAAAGCGAUGCAAAGCAUCCACGACUCCUUCCUGAAGCUCUGUCCCCACGGGAAGUACUACAAGGAGGCCACCUUGACCAUGGACCAGGUCAGCUCCCUGCCAGCUCUGAGGGUCAACCCUUUCAGAGACCGAAUCUGCAGAGUGUUCUCCCACGACGAUGCAUUCUCCUUCGAGGAUGUGCGGGGCAUGGCAUCUGUGUUUAGCGAGCAGGCCUGCCCGAGCUUGAAGAUCGAGUACGCCUUCCGCAUUUACGGCAUCUCGUCAUUCCAGGCAGGAAGAAAAAGGGACGUGAGAGGGGAUAAGGACAAAAUGGACGUUCAAAGUCACAGACGAAGUCUACUCUUCUUUUACAGACUUUCUUGGAAUCUCCACCCAGCAACUUUGGCUAUAACUUCAUUGGCUGGAACUGUGUUACAUGGUCACGUAUAGCCACAAAGGAGACUGGAAGGUUGAGUAUUUUAAGCUGGACAUGGCGUCAUCGUGAACAAGAAUUGCAAUUCUGUUAGGAGGAAGGAAGGGGUGAAUGGCUCUCGGUCAAGUCCAGCAGGCCAGCCACGCCUACCAGGACAUACCCACUGGGCUCCAGUUUCUGCUUUGAGGGACCCUCCUGGCCUCCAACGGAUCGAUCCCCCUCUCUCAGCACCUCUGGGGAGACUUCCUACCUGUCAGAGACCAGCAUCCCAGCACUACUUCCCGGCUCCAGUCGGCACGGCUUCCACCAGGUGUGAAUUACCCUCAGCCAGAGCACCUGCAGCGGAUCCUCCCAAACCUUCCCAGGAUCUGACACAGGGAUGCUAGUGGCGGGGAGAGGCGAAGAGGCAACUCAUUUCCGUGGGAAUAGUGGCGAAAGCCUGCCUUGCCUCGCUCCAUCCAAUGAGCUAAUUUUUGUGAAAGUACUUUGUAAAUUGCAAAGAAUAACAUGACAGAGAGACUGGGAUGAUGAUGGUCAGAGGCUUUUGGGGGGACAUGAAGGCUGAGCCCACCAGCUCUCUAAUCUCCCUCGUUGCUGGGAAACAGCAAGAAGAAGACCCUCCUCUCCCCAGAGUGGCCGGACGCAGGUCAUGAGGCUGCUGAGGCCACACGGGCUGGCCAGUCGCCUAGAGCUCCCUGCCCCCAGCCCUUUCCCAGGCUGUUCUGCCCUUGCACCACCAAAGAAGGAGAACUGUCCAGGACUACAUUUUACUCCAGCAAAUUAUUCUGUUUUCAGGUGGCUUGGGACCAAAGCCAUGUCGCUUUGCUGCAGUCUCUGCAUAUGGGAGCUGGGCCAGCAGGACUCCUGGGGACAAUGCGGGGCCUCAGGGAGAGGCUGCAGGGCUUCUCAUCAGCAGUGCAAUGUCACUGCGGGGACCCAGUCUCCAGUCCCUCCAGUCCAGUGCUGGCCCCUCUGCACCUCCCCCACCAGAUCUGAUCCAUUAGCCAUGGCGUGUCAUAGCAGAGUUGUGCAGGGAGAGCUCAGAUGGACAUCUUGGGCCUUAGCCUCCAGCCCCUGUGGCUGAUAAACAUUCAGCCAGGGGAGAGCCCCCUGCUUAAGGGGUUAGUGCUUAGUUGUACCUUCCACAUCCAUACCCUUCCUGGGGAAACAGAGACAAAAGUCUAGGCUCUACCACGGAAGGAUCCUAUGACAUCAGCAAAUGCACUCCUCCACUCUGGGCCCAGCUAAAAUGGGACGUUUUAGAGUUACGAGUGAUUGAGAGCAUAGACUGACCAUAGAGUCAGACUUCCUGGGUUUCCUCUUGUUUCCAUCGCUUACCAAUGUGUGACCUUGGGUGGUUCAUUCAUUCACUCACUCAACAAAUAUUCAUUGAGCACCUGCUCUGUUCCAGGCACUAUUCUAGGAGUCAGGAAUACAGUAGUGACCAAAAGAUAAAACCUUCUGCCCUCGUGGAAUUUAUGUUCUGGUGAAGGGAAAUAAACAAGCUGACAAGUGAAACAUAUAGUGUGUUAGGUAGUCUUAGGUGUUGGGAGAAAACAAAGCGGAGAAAGGGACAGGAAGUGUAAUUUUAGACAGGUUCUGAGCAGUGCCCUGGGGGAAUCUGGCAUUUGAAUAAAGACCCAAAGGAACUCUGGGGUGAGUGUGUUCCAGGAAGGGGGAACCACAGUGCAAAGGUCCUGAGGCAGGAGCGUGCCUGGCCCUAUGGAGGAAUGGCAAAGAGGCAGAGUGAGGGCAGGGUGGACCUCGGGGAUCACUGUUGGGACCGGGCUGUCCUCUGGCUAAGAUGGGAGGCUGUGAAGGAUGAACAGGACCACUCUGGCUGCUGAGUGGAGAAGAGACUGAAGGGGGCAGACUGAGAACAGGGAAACUGGUUAGGAGGCUGCUGCGGGGUCUUAGAGAGCUGUGAUGGUGGCUGGACCAGGGUGGAGGCAGUGCAGUGAGGAGGAGACCUCAGGCUGUGUUUACUGCCUCUGGAGCUAGACCUGGGAGGGAGAAGACAGUCAAGGAUGACUCCAACCUAACUGGCCAAGAGACUGGAAGGGUAGAGUUACCCAUUCGCCAAGGGGCAGCUCUGAGUGCUGCAGGUUAGGGGCCAGGGUGGAGGGGGGCGUAUCAGGAGUUGGGUUUGGACAGGUUGAGUUUAAGAGAACUGUUAGUCCUCCAGGUAGAGAGGGCAGGAACGCAGGUGGAUAUAUGAGCCUGGAGUUCAGGGAGAAGCCCAGGCUGGAGACACAAAUUUGGGAUUCAUCAGUGUAUUGAUGAGGUAAUAGGCUGAAAUGAGAUUAAGGAAGUAAACAUGGUUAUUUAAUCUCUGUGUGUCUCAGAUUCUGCAUCUGUGUUAUGAGAAUUAAAUGCAGUGAAAUACAAAGCACUUAGACCAUAGCCUGGCCCCUCUGUCUGUCAUGCUGGUAAUUAUUGUACCUGCCUAAGUUGACUGCAUUUACUACAUGGCUGAUGAGCGGUU